AUGGAGGACAUUGAAUUGGAAUCUACGUCCACCGCUGACGCAGUCCUUGCCGGGGUCAGAACAGCCAUCCUGGAUUACUGCAAACGCGACUCCACAGUAGCUGCCCUCUGCGGGAACAUCACUAUCACUUCUAUGUGGAGGCUCCCCAACGGUCAACAAGUGGCGAAGGUCUAUUACCCAGAUCGGCGAAACCCACAGAGGUUAGCCUUGUCAGGAUCUGCCGCCCUAAAGCCACCAGGUGCUUUAAGUGCCACGGCUUCAGGCACUCUAAGGGCAGAUGUUCCAGCCCUGACAUGGGUGACUCCUGCCACAAAUUCAGGGACCAGACCCACAAGGAGAAGGAUUGCCCCUACGACAAGUACGUCACUUGCGACCUCGCUGGGCUGA